AUGACCUCCUUCAUCAUCGACGCUCAUUUGAACCGGCCUCUCGCAUGGAACACGGAGUCGUCCUGCGCUUUCUGCAGGAUAGUCAACGAUGAAAUCCCGAACUUCCGCCUGCAUGAAACAGACAAGGUGAUCGCCAUACUGGAUAUCAUGCCGCUGCGUCGAGGCCAUGCGCUGGUUAUACCGAAAGUACACUGUUCGCGAAUAUCGGAGCUCCCGUCUGAGUACGCCGCUGCUGUAGGAGAGGUUGUCUCUAAAGUCGCUAAUGCUCUGACGAAAGCUCUAGACAACAGCGGCUUGAAUGUCGUUUGUAAUCAAGAAUACGCCCAAGCGGUGCCACAUGUACACUAUCACAUCAUACCGGCUCCGAUUCUCAACGCGUCCCCUCCUGCGCCAUCAACUUCCGGACCCCUCUCCCACAGACGUAUGCACCAAGCAGAAUUCGAGAAGCGGGACGAGUUGGAUGAUGAGGACGCAGAGGCAUUGGUGAAGGGGAUACGGGCACAUCUGUAG